AUAGAUUUAAGCACCCGAGUAUUGUAAAUAGAAGUUAAUAAUUUAAUUUGGUUUUCUUGUCUUAAUAUCUGCCACGUACUGUUUUCUUUAUUAUUUUUUAUGUAUUGCUGUUAUUUAUCAAUUUCGACUUUGUCUAGAAAAUGAGUGCUAUUAAACAGAAUGUGGUGCUAGUUACCGGCGGUUCUGGGCUAGUAGGACAAGCAAUCAGAACUAUCGUCGAAGAGGAGCAAACUAAAAAUCCUGAUAAACAAAAUGAAACAUGGUUAUUUUCUGGUUCAAAAGAUGGUGAUCUCAGGGACAAGAAUCAGACAGAGGCACUGUUUGAGAAGCAUCGCCCCACACAUGUGAUACAUUUGGCUGCUAUGGUAGGAGGUCUGUUCCACAACAUGGCUCACAACUUGGAUUUUUUUAGGGAAAAUAUGGCAAUAAAUGACAAUGUGCUAAGUGCUAGUCACAAGUAUGAUGUGAAGAAAGUAGUGUCAUGUCUUUCUACAUGCAUUUUUCCUGACAAGACAACUUAUCCAAUAGAUGAAACAAUGGUACACAAUGGACCACCACACUCAUCCAAUUUCGGCUACAGCUAUGCUAAGAGGAUGAUUGAUAUUUUAAAUAGGGGAUAUCACUCGCAGCACGGGCGCGUAUUUACUUCAGUAGUGCCAUGCAACGUGUUUGGACCACACGACAACUUCAGCGUGGGCUCCAGCCACGUCAUUCCUGCGCUCAUACGCCGCAUGGACGACGCUAUACGAGCAGAUCAGCCAACAUUCACAGUAAUGGGUACUGGUAAACCGCUACGUCAAUUCAUUUACUCGCUGGAUCUCGCGAAGCUAUUCAUCUGGGUCCUACGGCACUACGACAGCGUAGAACCGAUUAUACUUUCAGUGGAUGAAAAGGAUGAAGUGUCAAUCAGCGCAGUGGCCGAAGCUAUAAAGCGAGCACACGGUUACAAAGGGGAAAUCGUGUACGACACGGACAAAGCCGACGGCCAAUACAAGAAGACGGCUUCUAACAAAAAGCUCAGAUCCCUUUAUAAAGACUUCGAGUUUACCCCUUUUGACACAGCCAUCGACGACACUGUGAGGUGGUUCAAAGAGCAUAGAGAGCAAGCGAGGACGUAGAAAAAUGUGUGCAUUUAUCAAUUUAUCGUUAUAUAUUGUUAAUA